UCAUCCCUCUGGACCCCUCAGGAACUAGACUGGACCGCUGUCGGAGGUAUGUUGAGCCUCAGUGGCAACUGUUGACUGCAAACAGCUCAGCUAACACAAGCCAGUUAGAGACAGAAGAAUGUGUGGACGGAUGGACAUUCGACCACGCCGAGUUUCUCGCCACCACUGUUUCUGAGUGGGAGCUGGUGUGCUCUCUUCGUCCUCUGAAACAGAUGAUUCAGACCAUCUAUAUGGGUGGAGUUUUAGCUGGAGCCAUAAUCUAUGGGGGCCUUUCAGACAGGUUUGGGAGGAGGUCCGUCCUCAUCUGGUCAUACUUGCAGCUGGGUGUGCUUGGUUGUAGCUCCGCCCUCUCUCCUUCAUACACAGCCUACUGUGUUUUCAGAUUUCUGAGUGGGAUGGCGGUGUCUGGAGUCAUCCUCAACGGAGUCUCUCUGAAGGUGGAGUGGAUCCCAACCAGAGAGAGGACUUUAGUGGGCACGCUCACGUCCUUCUUCUUCACCUUUGGUCAGAUGAUCCUGGCGGGGCUUGCAUAUUGGCUAAGAGACUGGAGGAAGUUGCAGGUGGUCGUAUGUGCCCCGCAGUUCUUGUUCUUCGCCUACAGCUGGUGGUACUCAGAGUCGGCUCGUUGGCUGGUCCUGAACAAGAGGUCUGAGGACGCGUUGAAGACUCUACACAGAGUGGCUCGAAUCAAUGGGAAACAUGAGGUCGUUGAUAAGUUAACACUGGAGGUUCUGCACUCUCACAUGAAGAAGGAAAUUGAGUCUAGUCGUUCUUCGUACACUGCGUAUGACCUGCUGAGGACCCGAGGAAUGAGACGGAUCUCCAUCUGUCUGGUCGCUGUGUGGUUCUCCACCAGUUUUGCAUACUAUGGUUUGGCAAUGGAUCUACAGAAGUUUGGGGUAAGUAUCUACCUGAUGCAGAUCAUAUUUGGAUUCGUUGAUUUUCCCGCCAAACUUUUGGCUCUGGGCAUGCUCAGUUACCUGGGGAGGAGGGUCUCUCAGGCGGCCUGCUUGUUCCUGUCGGCCCUCAUCAUCUUCGCCAAUAUCUUCGUCCCCUCAGACAUGCAGACCCUCAGGACCACGCUGGCGUGUCUAGGUAAAGGUUUCACCUCUGCCUCAUUCACCACAGUGUACCUGUACACUGGAGAGCUCUACCCCACCGUCAUCAGGCAGACAGGUAUGGGCUUCGUGUCCACCAUGGCGAGGAUUGGCAGCAUGGCAGCACCCGCUGUCCUCAUACUAGACGAGGUGCUUCCUGCUCUCCCCAGUGUGGUGUACGGGGGGGCGGCAGUGUUAGCUGGCGGCUUCGCCUGCUUCCUGCCUGAGACGCUUGAUAUCCCGCUGCCGGACACCAUUGAGGAUGUGGAGGAAAAAUGGUCUGGGGAAAGCCCCGCCCACAAAAACCAAGAGAGCACGUCGUUGAAAGAGGGUGGUCCUGGUGUGGAUGAGGGCGUGGUCUCAUCGGAAGGCGUGGCGUUAAAAGAGUUGAAAGAAUUAGAAGGGACAGGACUGAAUGCCCUCUGACCAAUCACAUCCCAGAGCCUUGACCAAUCAAAGGCUGGUGGGAGCUCAACCAAUCAGAAGGCCAGAGAGAGCCACGACCAAUGAGAAGGCUGGAGAGCGACUCGACUGGCUGGAGUCUUUUCCAACAGAACCAAAUGAACCAGUAGAAACCAACGAACAACACUUUCAGUGUAAACAUUUCUCUUCUGUCUUUCUGAACAUUAGCAUGCAUUAGCAUGAACACCAUAUCUGAUUAAAGAUAUAUUUAUCUUAAACUUUAAUUAUUGUAAUAUCAAUACAAAUAAUAAUGU